AUGGACUCGCCCGGAUCGCCACUCUCGGAGCUGUCCUCCGACGAGUUCCAGGAGGACGUCAAAAUCGAGGAUCGCUCCUUGAGUGUCGACACGUACAACGACGCCGACCACGAUAGCACGCGCCCGUCGAAGCGCCAGCGCACCGGCGCCGGGCCCUCCUCUGGUCUCGCCAACUUUCGGCGUGCGACCCCCGAGGCACCCCAGCCCGACGACGACGCCGACAUCUACAUUUCCGAAGACACAGAUGGCAGCGUUCCAGCCUCACCGCACCAUGGUUAUAGCGGCGGCGGUGGCGGAGGCUUGCAAGAGGAGGAGAGCUUCGGCCAAGAACAGGUAUCUGUCUGCAAGUGGGAAGGGUGCGAGGCUGGCGAUCUGGGAAACAUGGACAAGCUGGUCGAUCACUUGCACGAUGAUCACAUCGGCACCCGCCAGAAGAAGUACUCGUGUGAGUGGACCGACUGCCAGCGCAAAGGCAUUCCCCAUGCCAGCGGCUACGCCCUGAGAGCACACAUGCGCAGCCAUACCAGAGAGAAGCCUUUCUACUGCACUUUGCCGGAAUGCGAUCGUGCCUUCACGCGUUCCGACGCUCUGGCAAAGCAUAUGCGUACCGUGCACGAGACGGAAGCGCUACGACCCUCGGAUCCCGUUCCAAAACACCACUCCUCGAACCCGUCGAACAAGAACCAGCGGCUGCGGCUGGUCUUCAAAAACAAUGGCACCGAGAAGCCCGGCUCGCCAAUGCCCGCUUCGCCGCACUCGCAGGGCGGCACGGGGCAGCAGCAGCCGGCGGUGCCCCCCGAGAACGAGUACGAGCACAACAACGUCAUCUACCGGCCCCUCGACCCCACAAUCCCCCACAGCCCGCUCACCCGCAAGUUCCCGGCAGACAUACAAUUCACAAAGGACGAGCUGGGCCUGUCGGCGCCGGAUCUGAUGCGGCUGCUGACCCGGCAGAUACAGUGGGCGACGCUGGAGGGCGAGGAGCUGAAGGCCGAGGUCGACACGCAGGAGAAGGCCCGCAAGGACGAGUGGCUGUCCAAGGAGCUGAUACUCGAGAACAUGAUGGAGGCCGAGCUCGGCCGCAUGGAGCGCGUCGACCGGCUGCUGAACGACGACAACGCCAGCACGGCGGCGUUCCGCGACAUGCUGAGGGAAGACGUCAAGGUGGGCAAGACGUUGGACGUGCAGCCCAAGCCCAAUUGGCGGGACAUCGUGCCCGUCCAGAAGACGAGGGAGAGGGAGGGUUUGGAGACUGCUGCGGGCGCCCUCUCGGACAUGGCGGGUGCUCGCAGCUUCGACGCUGCAGGCGAUCCUGUUGUGGAACGGAGGCCGGAGGGUAUGGGUAUAGGCGUUGCUGGUGACGCGUGA